AUUGGCCCACCAACCUUCUACUUCACUGCCGAAUCUGAUCGAAUAUUACUUCUCCGACUCUUAUUUUCUGUAGCCAAAACAACACAACCAAAAAAGAAUAAUUUUUCAGCAUUCUAAUGGCGGAGGCCAAGCUUUUUGAACUUAACAAUGGCACUAUGCGUGUAAUCGUCUCCAAUUACGGAUGCACCAUCACCUCAGUCUUUGUACCAGACCAAGAUGGGAAAUUGGCCGAUGUCGUUCUUGGAUUUGACACAAUUGAGCCAUAUCAGAAAGGUGCUGCUCCUUACUUUGGAUGUAUCGUGGGUCGGGUGGCGAAUAGGAUCAGAGAUGGGAAGUUUACACUCAAUGGAGUUGAGUACUCAUUGCCUAUUAACAAGCCACCCAACAGUCUCCAUGGUGGGAACAAGGGAUUUGACAAGGUCAUCUGGGAAGUGGCUGAAUAUAAGCAGGGUGAUACUCCAUCAAUUACCUUUAAGUAUCGCAGUCCCGAUGGGGAAGAAGGUAACGAAUGCAUUAGAGUCGACUGCGUUAAACCCCUUCACCUUAUUACCCACACAUACAUUUUCACUUAUUUUAUCAUCUGCAAUACAGGCUAUCCAGGUGAUGUUUCUUUCAGCGCGACGUAUACGCUCACAUCCAAGACUACAAUGAGGCUCGACAUGGAAGGUGUGCCGGAGAAUAAGGCAACACCAAUCAGCUUAGCACAGCACACCUAUUGGAACCUAGCCGGUCACGAAUCUGGAACAGUUCUAGAUCAUACUAUUCAGAUAUGGGCGGAUCACAUCACUCCCGUGGACCAGAACACCGUUCCAACCGGUGAGAUCAUGCCCGUCAAGGGCACACCCUUUGACUUCACUACUGGAAAUAAGAUUGGCACCCGUAUCAACGAGGUUGGUAUAGGCUACGACCACAAUUAUGUUCUCGACUGCGGGGAGCAAAAAUCGGGCUUGAAGCACGCUGCAAAGUUGAAGGAUCCUGCUAGCUCAAGGACUCUUGAUCUAUGGACCAAUGCUCCUGGUAUGCAGUUUUACACUGCGAAUUAUGUGAACGGCGUUGUUGGUAAAGGUGGUGCUGUUUAUGGAAAGCAUUCGGCUGCGUGUCUCGAGACGCAGGGAUUUCCGAACGCCAUCAACCAGCCGAACUUCCCUUCCGUCGUCGUCCAACCAGGAGAGAAGUACAGCCAUAGCAUGCUGUUUGAGUUCUCAACCGAGUAGGGUAAGCCAUGUAUUUUCAAGUGUAUCCAUAUAUAACAACUAUCAGUUUGUUUUAAUCUUAACAGUAUCAGAAUUGUGCUAAAAAUAAGUACAUCAGUACAUAUGGCCUCUACUUUUUAUUUGGGACUGAGUGAUCAAAUUUGACAUUUGAACUGCA